AGCAGAAGGUCGACGCGUAUCACCUGCAGCUCCAGAACUUGCUCUACGAGGUGAUGCACCUGCAGAAAGAGAUCACCAAAUGCCUGGAGUUCAAGUCAAAACAUGAGGAAAUCGAACUGGUGAGCCUGGAGGAGUUUUACAAAGAGGCCCCCCCCGAAAUCAGCCGGCCUGCCAUCACCCUGUCUGAGCCCCACCAGCAGACCCUGGCCCGCCUGGACUGGGAGCUGGAGCAGCGCAAGAGGCUGGCGGAGAAGUACAGGGAGUGCCUGACCAGCAAGGAGAAGAUCCUGAAGGAGAUUGAGGUGAAGAAGGAGUACCUGAGCAGCCUCCAGCCUCGACUCAACAGCAUCAUGCAGGCCUCCCUGCCUGUCCAGGAGUAUCUCUUCAUGCCUUUCGACCAGGCGCACAAACAGUACGAGACAGCCCGACACCUCCCGCCGCCCCUCUACGUCCUCUUCGUUCAAGCCAGUGCCUACGGUCAGGCCUGCGAUAAGAAGCUCGUGGUGGCCAUUGAAGGGAGCGUAGAGGAAGCCAAAGCCCUGUACAAGCCGCCUGAGGACUCGCAGGAUGAUGAAAGCGAUUCUGACGCGGAGGAGGAGCAGACCACGAAGCGGCGCAGGCCUACCCUGGGCGUGCAGCUGGAUGACAAGCGCAAGGAGAUGCUCAAGCGGCACCCCUUGUCCGUCACCGUCGACCUGAAGUGCAAAGAUGAGAACGUGCUUCACCUGACCUUCUACUACCUGAUGAACCUCAACGUCAUGACGGUGAAAGCCAAGGUGACCACUGCCGUUGAGAUGACGACCGCCAUCAGUGCCGGUGACCUGCUCUCCCCAGACUCCCUCCUCAACUGCCUCUACCCGGGAGACCACGGGAGGAAAACGCCCAACCCGGCCAACCAGUUCCAGUUCGAUAAAGUGGGCAUCCUGACCUUGAGCGACUACGUGACAGAGCUGGGGCACCCCUACGUGUGGGUGCAGAAGCUGGGCGGCCUGCAUUUCCCCAAGGAUCAGCCUCAGCACACGGUCACUGCGGACAACUCGUUGAGCGCCAGCCACAUGGAGCUGACUGUGAAGCUGCUGCGGACGAGGCUGCAGUCCCGCCUGGCUCUCCACAAGCAGUUUGCGUCGCUUGAGCACGGCGUCGUGCCGGUCUCCAGCGAGUGCCAGCAUCUCUUCCCUACCAAGAUCGUCUCGCGCCUGGUGAAGUGGGUUGCCAUUCCCUAUGAAGAUUACGCGGAGCUGCCCUACACUAAAGACGUGAUAGAGGCCGGCUUGGCUGAGGACACUCACCUCUACUACAUGGCCCUGAUAGAAAGAGGAACAGCCAAGCUCCAGGCCGCCGUGGUCCUGAACCCCGGUUACUCCACGCUGUCGCCCGUCUUCAGCCUGUGCCUGAACUGGAAAGGAGAGCGAACCAGCAGCAACGACGACAACAUUCGGGCCAUGGAGAGCGAGGUCAACGUGAACUACAAGGAGCUGUGGGGGCCCAAACCGGGCUACCAGCUCCUCACCAACCAGCUGCAGCGCCUGUGCAUGGUGCUGGACGUCUACCUGGAGACGGAGCCCCACGACACCAGCGUGGAGGGGCCCAAGGAGUUUCCCCAGGAGAAGAUGUGCCUGCGCCUUGUCAGGGGGCCCAUGCGCCUGAAGCCCUUCAAGUUCAACUACCCUCAGGGGUUCUUCAGCCAUCGCUGAGCUCCCCCCCCGGGCCGUUGCUCUGGGAUGGGCCUGGUCCCGUCUGCAGGGUGGAGCAACCCCGUCCCACCAAUUUCAGUUUCUUUUCCAAGGUUUUGGGUUUCGUUGGAAGGUUUUGUAGCCAGAGGGAUUAAACGCUGAACUGAAGGAAAA